UUUCUCAGUGAUAAAGUCGGGGUCGUCGAGUUAGCUUGUCUUCCUCUUAAUUUGUGGUAAGCAAAAUACAGGGCUGUAACUGUUUCUACACCUGCCUGUCCUACCGAAUUGUCGAGAUGGUACUGGUGGGGUUCUUCGUCGUGGUGCUGAGCAUCUGCUACAAAUGGCAGAUAAUAGACGCGACGACCGUCGACAGCACUCCAGGUCUUGAUUUUGUGCCGAGGCCAGACCCCUCCGACGCGAACAACACUCUCAUUUAUUACAAAGUACAUGACGACGCUUCCGUGCGCAAAUGGACCUCCAAGAUCGAUGAAUUCGUCCAAGAAUACAGUUUGAAGGCCCCCGGUGCGGAGAACAGGAUGGCUUGCUCAUGGAGCGAUGCGUCUGCAGGAAACAAGUCUUGUGACGUGCCGUUGGCCGAUUUCUAUCCAUGCAACCCUGACAACCAGUAUAACUACCACCGCGCGGCGCCCUGUGUGUUCCUCAAACUGGACAAACUCUUGAACUGGACACCAAAUCCAUACAACACCUCGGAAGACUUGCCAACAGAUAUGCCAGCAGAUCUAAAGCAGUACAUUACUAUAGUGACUGGCAAAGAAUAUGCAAACGCAGUGUGGGUGUCAUGCGAAGGCGAGAAUCCGGUGGACGUUGAGUUCCUUGGGCCGAUUAUGUACAUCCCUCGGCGCGGGUUCCCGGCCUACUACUUCCCCUACACCAACCAGGAGGGCUACCUUAGCCCGCUAGUUGCCGUAUUAUUUGAGAAUCCUAAGAAGGGCCUCAUCAUCAACAUCGUGUGCAAAGCGUGGGCGAAGAACAUCGCUCGUGACGCGUUGGAGCGGCGCGGCUCCGUGAGCUUCCAGCUGAAGAUCGAUUACUAGAUUACAAAGAAUCGAAUCGAGAACGAAUACGAUUAGACUGGGUUGUUUUAAAAAAUCGAGUCGAUAAUCGUUGUUGGACAUCAAAAUGGCUACUGAAUGCGAAUACACAAUGCGUAGUUAAAAGCUAAGCAUUUUAUUUGACCGUGUACAUUUUUAAAUACCAAAAUAUAGACGAAGAAUAUA